AUGGUGACCAAACCUGUGGUUAACUCGAUGCUUGUGCUGAGGAUUGUUACUCUUGCAACCUCGGUAGCAACUAUGGCCUUACUUGUUACCAACAAUGUCACAUUUGAUGAAGGUGGAAAGCUAAAAUAUCAAGAUUACACUUCAUACAGCUAUAUGGUGGCGAUUACAGCAGCUGCUUGUGCAUAUUGUGUAGUGCAGCUACCAUUUGCCAUAUAUUAUGCAGUACAACAGAGAAGGUUGAUACGCAAUGGAUUCUUAGCAGAAUUUGACUUCUAUGGAGACAAGAUCACUAGUCUACUUCUGGCCACAGGCAUUGGUGCUGGUUUUGCAUUGUCUGUGGAAUUGAAAAAGUUCAUUGAUGAUGCAGCUGAUGCUGCAGGGGCUUCAGAGGAUGACCCAAUAAGAUCCACAUAUGACAAGUUUUUUAUUAGAGGGAUUGUUGCUUCUGCUUUUCUUGUUCUCGCAUUCAUUUCAAUGACUAUAGUUUCAUUCAUUUCUUCCAUUAAUCGAAGCAAAAACAACUAA